UUCAUUUUGCCGUCUCUCUCUUUUCUUCCAUUUCUCUCUCUCCGAUUCUCGACCUUUCCUUUCUCUAGAUCGAAAGGGCUGCUUUAAUUCUUCUCAAUUCCAACGAUCGAAGCUGUAGUUGGAUCCAUUUAUUUGGAAAUCGGACGCCUUUGGAGAGGAAUUCGAUUGGGGAAGCUGUAUUUGGGGUUUUGGUUCUGGUGGUGAAUGGUGGAAGAUAGGGCUUUUAGGUGGAUCUAGGGGUUAAAAUUGAUGUAGGGACGUAGAGUGGGGAGUGGGUUUUGGAAUCAAGGAGAGGGAAUUGAUGGUACUCGUGGGCGAAAAUGCAAGGCUAUGCAUGGGCGGGCUUGUGAGGGAAGGAACAGGGGCCGGCACAUGUGGACAGGACCCAACCGUUGUAAUUCGGUUGUAGCUGGUGAUGUUUCCUCGCCUUCUUCAUCGCUGUCUCCUGCUAAUUCGUUUUGCAAGGACGGACGCAAGAUCACUGUUGGGGAUUGUGCUCUUUUCAAACCAUCCCAGGACUCCCUACCUUUCAUUGGAAUAAUUCGGUGGUUUACUGCUGGGAAAGAGAAUGAGUUAAAGUUGUGUGUGAAUUGGCUUUAUCGACCUUCUGAAGUAAAGCUUGGCAAGGGCAUCCUAUUGGAAGCUGCGCCAAACGAAAUAUUUUAUUCCUUUCACAAGGAUGAGAUUCCAGCUGCAUCAUUACUCCAUCCGUGUAAAGUUGCAUUCCUUGCUAAAGGUGUUGAACUUCCAUCAGGAAUUUGCUCUUUUGUGUGCCGGCGAGUUUACGACAUUACAAACAAGUGUUUAUGGUGGCUAACUGAUCAAGAUUAUAUUAAUGAACGACAAGAAGAAGUAGAUCAGCUAUUGUAUAGGACAAGCAUAGAAAUGCAUGCAACAGUACAGUCAGGGGGGCGUUCCCCAAAGCCAAUGAAUGGGCCGAUGUCGACAUCACAGUUAAAACCUGGUUCAGAUAGUGUACACAACAGUGCUUCAUCCUUUCCUUCUCAAGUUAAGGGAAAGAAAAGGGAGCGAGGAGAUCAAGGCCCUGAGCCUAUUAAACGAGAACGAUCUUCAAAGAUGGAUGAUGGUGAUCCUGGUUACUCUAGUUCGGAAAGCAUUUGGAGAUCUGAGAUUUCUAAAUUUACAGAAAAAGGGGGGCUUGUAGAUUUUGAGGGUGUUAAGAAAUUGGUGCAGCUCAUGUUGCCUGAGAAAAAUGAGAAAAGGAUAGACUUGGUUGGCCGAUCUGUACUGGCUGGUGUGAUAGCAGCGACAGAAAAGUUUGAUUGCCUCAAUCAAUUUGUGCAGCUUAGGGGCUUGCCUGUAUUGGAUGAAUGGUUGCAAGAGGUGCAUAAAGGAAAGAUUGGUGAUGGUAGUAGUCCCAAGGAUAGUGAUAAAUCUACUGAGGUCUUUCUCUUAGUUUUACUUCGGGCUCUUGACAAACUCCCUGUAAAUCUUCAUGCUUUACAAAUGUGUAAUAUUGGCAAGUCAGUGAAUCAUCUGCGAACACAUAAGAACUUGGAAAUUCAGAAGAAAGCAAGAACUCUAGUUGAUACAUGGAAGAAACGUGUUGAGGCUGAAAUGGAUGCAAAGUCUGGUUCUAACCAGGCUGUCUCAUGGGCUGCGAGAUCUCGUCUUCCAGAAGUUUCACAUGGUGGGAGCAGACAUUUAGGUGCAUCCUCUGAGAUUGCAAUGAAGAGUUCAGCUGCCCAAAUUCCUGCAUCAAAAAAUGCUCCAGUCAAACUUGUCCUAGGGGAGACUACAACCAAGUCAGCAUCUGCAUCUCCAGGUUCUGUAAAAUCAUCACCAUCUCCCGCAUCAGUGGGUAAUAACUUAAGAGAGGGACAAACAAGAAAUACUGGAGGCAGUGGUGGCUCUGAUCCUCCAUUAACAGCUACUGGAGAUGAGAAAAGCAGCAGUUCUAGUCAGUCCCACAACAAUAGUCAAUCUUGUUCCAGUGACCAUGCCAAAGCAGGGGGGCAUUCAGUGAAGGAGGACGCAAGGAGCUCUACUGCUGUUUCAGUGUCUGCAAAUAAGAUCAUUGGUGGUUCUUCUCGCCAUCGUAAAUCGAUGAAUGGCUUUCCUGGUCCAACUUCAUCUGGAGUGCAAAAGGAAACUGGGUCAAGCAGGAAUUCUUCCUUGCACAAAAGUCCAGGUUCAGAAAAACUGCCACAGCCCAAUUUGACAUGUGAGAAGAUGGUUGAUGUCCCCGUGGUAGAGGGGAAUAAUCACAAAUUGAUCGUUAAACUGUCCAAUAGAGGUCGUAGUCCUGCGAGAACUGCCAGUGGAGGAUCAUUUGAGGACCCUUCAGUAAUGAAUAGCAGGGUUUCUUCUCCUGUGCUUUCUGAGAAGCAUGACCAGUUUGAUCGUAAUGUGAAGGAAAAGAGUGAUGCUCAUCGAGCUAAUACUAUUGCUGAUGUCAACACUGAGUCAUGGCAAAGCAAUGAUUUCAAAGAGGUCCUUACUGGGUCUGACGAGGGAGAUGGCUCUCCUUCUGCUGUUCCUGAUGUAGAUAACUGUCGAACCAGUAAUGAUGCUAGGAAAUUGGCUGAAGUCUCUAAAGCUGCUUCCUCAUCAUCUGGAAAUGAACGUAAAUCUGGGAAAUUGCACGAAGCUUCUUUCAGCUCAAUAAAUGCUUUUAUUGAGAGUUGUGUCAAGUACUCGGAAACAAAUGCAUCAUUGUUCAUUGGGGAUGAUGUUGGAAUGAACUUACUUGCUAGUGUGGCUACUGGUGAGAUGUCCAAAUCAGAUGUGGCUUCACCGUUGCCUUCUCCACAAAGAAAUAUAACUGUUGCUGAGCACUCUUGCACAAGCACCGAUUCAAAAAUAAAAUCAUAUCCAGGUGAUAAGCUUAUGUCAGACCAAGUGCAGGUUGUUGAUGAUGAACAUGAGAAACAGAGUAUCAUCACCAGUAAUUCACUGGCUAAGAACAUGGAAGUUAAACCUUCUUUGCUGUCAGAAUCAAAACUGACAGGGGAUGUCAAUGGACACUUAAAUUCUUCCAGUAUGAAUUUGCAGCAAAUUGCCAAACCGUGCCUAGAAGGCAAAGUGAAAUCAGAAGAAUCAUUAAUAGGCACUUCAUCAGCUGUGCCCCCUGCAAGCAUGGCAGAGAAGACAUCCAAUGAUGAUGGGAUAGACACACGGGAGGAAAAGGCAUGUGGCACAUCAAGUGCUGGUGGGGUCUCUGAUACUAAAGAAGGCUUGUGCAAUCCUUUUGAAUUAGAGGAUAAAUUCAAUGUUUCAGGAGUGGUUGGGAGUGAAGCUGUUGUAGGAUCAUCUCCUUAUCCAUCUUUGGAAGUUGAUAGUGAGAACAGGAAUAAUGAGUUGAACAUUUCUGGUCAAGAAGAGGAGAAACCACCUGCAAUGAUGCAUUCCAAUACAGAAGGAAGUGCUGGGGAUAUGCAGCAUCCUUCAGAUUCUAAUAAGGACAUUGUUUCUGGAAAUGUUGGUGAAGCAAAGGCGGAAAAAGCUGAUGAAACAGACACAAGGAGUCUGUCUACUGGAAAACCAAAAACUGAAGAAGGGAAUGUUGGUUCUGCUAUCAGUGAUCAGAAGGGUGGUUGUGUGGAGAGUCUAGAAGGUAAUCAGAGUAAUGAACAACACAGUGGCAGCCCAUUGCCUUCUCACCAGUUGUCACUGACAGUUGUACAAGAACCUGAACUACAAGCAAGGUCUAGAGGAUCAAAGUUGACUGGCACUGAAGUUGAUGAAACUGAGGAAUGUACAUCUGCCACUGCAGAUGCUGUUCCUUCAUCUGCUGCAGGGGAGUCAGAUAUGGAAGCAAAAGUGGAAUUUGAUCUUAAUGAAGGCUUUAGUGGUGAUGGGGGACCAAAUAACUCGGGGGCACCUGAAUGUUCUAAUGCUGUUCAAUUAGUUAACCCUUUGCCUUUACCUGUUUCCAGUGGUCUACCUUCUUCUAUUACAGUAGCUUCUGCUGCAAAAGGGCCUUUUAUUCCCCCAGAUGAUUUACUAAGGAAUAAGGGAGAGCUUGGUUGGAAGGGAUCAGCAGCCACAAGUGCAUUUCGGCCAGCUGAACCUAGAAAAGCACUGGAGAUGGUAAGUACGACUAGUGCAUCUCUUCCUGAUGCACCAGCUGCCAAGCCCAGUCGUCGUCCUUUAGAUAUCGACUUGAAUAUUCCUGAUGAAAGAAUCCUUGACGAUAUGGCUUCUCGAAGUACUGCACAUUGUACAAGCUCUAUAGCUGACAUGGCCAGUAAUCAUGAUUUUUCACAUGAUGAAACAUGGUGUUCCGCUUCUGUUCGUAACUCUGGAGGACUUGAUCUUGAUUUGAAUAGAGUGGAUGAGCCUGCUGAUACUGGUAAUCAUUUAAUAAGCAAUGGUCAUAGGCUGGAUGUGCAGCUUCAGUCAAUCAAAUCAUCUUCAGGUGGUAUUCUUAAUGGGGAGUUGAGUGUCCGUAGGGACUUUGAUUUGAAUGAUGGGCCUCUUGUUGAUGAGAUGAGCGUGGAACCAUCAUUUAGCCAGCAAAGCAGGAACUGUGCACCAUCUCUUUCUGGCCUUCGAAUGAACAACACAGAGAUGGGGAACUUGUCUUCAUGGUUUCCGCAAGGUAAUCCAUAUUCAGCUGUCACAAUCCAGUCUAUCUUGCCUGAUAGAGGAGAGCAGCCUUUUCCAGUGGUCACACCUAGUGGUCCUCAAAGAAUGUUGGCGCCGCCUACUGGCAGUGCUCCAUUUAGUGCUGAUAUCUAUAGGGGGUCAGUCUUGUCAUCUUCUCCAGCUGUGGCUUUUCCAUCUGCACCUUUUCAGUAUCCUGUCUUUCCAUUUGGAACCAACUUUCCUCUAUCCUCAGCAACUUUUUCUGGUGGUUCAUCAACUUAUACUGAUUCAUCAUCUGGUGGAAGGCUUUGCUUUCCUGCAAUGCAUUCUCAAGUAUUAGCACCUGCUGGGGCAGUCCCAUCUCAUUAUCCAAGGCCUUUUGUCGUUAGCCUCCUGGAUAAUAACAAUAAUGGAAGCACAGAGAGUAGCAGGAAAUGGGGAAGGCAUGGGCUAGACCUCAAUGCUGGGCCUCUAGGUCCAGAUAUGGAAGGGAGAGAUGAAACAUCUUCACUUGCAUCAAGACAAUUGUCUGUAGCCAGUUCACAGGCGCUUGCUGAAGAGCAAUCAAGGAUGUUUCAAGUUGCAGGAGGCAGUGUAUUGAAGCGGAAGGAGCCAGAUGGAGGGUGGGAAAGUUAUAAGCAAUCAUCAUGGCAAUAAUGAUGAACUGCACAUUCCGGUCAUCCCUGAAAUCCUUUGGAUGCAUGCACUCUCUGGAUGGUAUCAAACUUGUCCUUAAGGAUGGGUGGUAAGUGAGUUAUUUGAUGUUUGAUCAGUCUCCGACCCCCACCUUACACUGUGCCAGUUGUACCAAAAAGGAAUCUAUUCAGGGCUUCCAGUUGGUAUUUCCUUGAAUUUGUACUGGGUGACUGCAGUUCACUUUUCUCUUUGUAGAUAUUUUAACUGUUGGAAAGGAUGCAGUCUUUGUUGCCCAGACAUUCAAAAUUGGUCACCAUACUGUUGUUCAGUGCAUCACAAUAUAUACUGUUGGGCGAAAACUAUCCUUCCUUUUCCAACCAUUCCGACAGUGGAGGUUGGGUUAGUUGACUGCUUUAAACAACAGCCCUUUUGUAUGUGCUUUGUGGUUAAUUUUAUCUUUCUCUCUUUUUUCCUCUUUCA